GCCUGAUCCUUUUUGUUUCUUUUUUACACAUUUUACCAUCGUUGACCAUGUCUUGUCCCCCGCCUAAUCCUAAAGGAUUGCAGUGGGUUCAGGAACAAAAAACAAAAUGGCGCAAAUUGGGCGACGAGAAAAUAGCCAGUGUCCGCCAAGUGAGCGAGAUGCAUCGUCGUUGGUUCCAGUCGCCUUCUACUGUAAGAGCUCUUUUAGCUAGUAGACGAUCGUUUCAUAAUGUUGGCACGACCUCGGGUGACGACGACAGCAGUACCUUGCGCGAUUCCUCCACGAAAGACUACGAUCAACUUGCAUCACCAUCACCAUCGCCAGUGCGGACGAGCCCCGAUCCUAUUUCUCCCAGUGAUGUUCUACCCUUUGCCAGUGUCAUAUCAACUAUGUCAUGUUUAACGGAGGAAGAGCCCACCAAUCAGCCCCGUUCAUUAUCACUCUCCUCCGACCCACAGAAUGAUAACGAAACGCAGACAACCAUAUCAAGCCACCGUGCUGGCAGUUCGAGAUCUCCACUCUAUAAUAAAGAGGAGCAAGAUGCAAAUAUGGGCGAAAAGCAACUACUGGAUUCAAUACGCAAAACAUCCAGCACGGCACCCAGUACGAUUCAGCAUGACAUUUACAGUAAAGCAUCCACAACACAUGAUAAGCACGACUUGGAACGAUUCGCAGUGAACAUCACCAAUCCAAGCUCAUCAUUUGCAAACACCGACACGAUGGAUUCGAUAAAUACGUCGUCGCAAAGCAAAUCAUAUGCAACAAAAAGAAGAUCCAGCAGACUAAGCACUACAUCGUCCCUAUUAAAUAAUCUACGCCUUUCAUCAGACCUUUCAUCAUCAUCAUCGCCAUCAACAUCAUCAUCUCAAAGAAAAGCCAUUGCAGAUGGCAUGGAUUCGAAAAGACGGUCAUCAGCAACCUCGGAUUCCUUGCCACCCACGCCCACGGCACCAAACGAUACUCGCAGAAGAACCUUGCUUAAACGAUCAUCAUCAGUCAUGUCCUUGGAUGUACCACUAUCGCCGGAAAACCAUUCGGAAAAAUCAUCAUCAUCACAACAAGCAUUCUCCACUUUUCUUACAACCGAUCCUUCAAUUAAUGACAAGCAGUGGGAUGUGGAUCACAGUCCUGAACCAUAUACACCGUUCACUCCAAUUCGUACGCGAGCGAGUCCAAAAGCGCAUUCUUGGACUGAAACGAAACCAAGCCAGCCUGAUGAACAUGGCGGCGAUAAUGUGCGGAACAACGACGAUGACGAUGAUGAUGAUGAUGAGGUCUGCAUUGUCGAAUCUGUCCGUCAUGUUGAUAUCGUGGGUGGACGAUCGCGCCCGAGUAUGGGAAUUCAAGCCAUCAUUGAAGCGAAUGCAAAAACAAAACAACCAUCAUUCCGGCGCUCUCCCUCUGCAAAGUCGUCUACCGGAUCAUCCGCUUCUAAUACCUCAAUAGAGCGAAACAACAAGCGACAGUCAAAUGAUGUCAAUUAUCACUCUGCAAAACGGAUCAAAUCGCUUGGCGCUUCAUCAAACUCCCGUGCCAAUCCGCAGUCGCCCGCCAAUAAAAAGGCCCCACCUAUCACUACCCCUGCCACGAACAUGAUCAGCAACAACGGCAUCAGCAAAGUUUCAAAAAUGGGUUUUGCACGACCCACUGUAGCUUCUCAAAUCAAGGCAACAGCCGUCAAGAAACCUUUGUCGCCAGCGAGUUUGGCAUCCAGGAGAAAUCUCAUGUCGACUUCGGCUGCGCCGCAGAAGAAAUCGGCUUUAGCAUACGCUACGAGUUCCAAAACCAUGCCAUAUACCAAGCCCCUCCAAACCAAUGUAACACUAGCCAAGCUGUCAUCCAAAGCCAUCCAGUUGGCAGCUAACGAGACACUGGAGCAGCAAGCGCAAGCGAAUGGUACGGAAACGACGCCAGCCCAGGCGGAGAGGUCUGUCAUUGAUGAUAAUGAGAGUUGUGAUUCUUUGGCGACCGUUAUACCCAGCUGGGCAGAAGACCCAGAACUGACCCAGAUCCUGGAAAGACAACGCGAAAUCGAUGCAGACAGUAUAUUUAUGUCCAUGCCUGCAUUUAACAUGGAGGAAAUUUUCUCUGAAAUGUCGCGUAACGGAUCAAGUUCAUUCCACCCUAUUCCUGUGGAACAGUCACCCUUCUGAAUGAGCAUUCGCAGGGAUGAUUCCCGCGCCGACUUCUUUUUUUUUUUUUUUUUGGUUCCUGCCCAAUAUUUUUUUU